AAUAGUCACACGACUACAACUUCCGGUAGUCUUGUGAGAGGAGAUAGCAGAAUCCGAACCUAGAAUUCAGCUGGCACUCUUUAAAUUUUGUUUAACAAUUUCUUUUUCACAAGCGGUAUAAACAUGGCUGGAAUGAGUGAUACAGAAGUCCAAGGACAGGUAAAGCUUUUUUUUUUACAGUUUACUUUUUAUUAAUACCAGUCAUUCAGUACAAAUUAUAAAUACAAGUGAAGUCAAGGAUCCUCCAAAAAAACCAGCCUCCGCUACCGGUAUUUUAUCUAACUUAAAAGGAUCAUGAGUGUAACAUCAACGUCAUUGACUCUUUCUUGAUUAAUAAAUAUUUUCAAAUAUAAUUCUAUGUCUAUCACCUUACUCAAGUAUUUCUCUUGUCUUGCAGAUCAAACAUAUGAUAGCCUUCAUUGAACAAGAAGCAUCAGAGAAAGUUGAGGAAAUAGAUGCCAAGGUCAGUCACAAAUUAUGUUAUCAAUGAGUGUUCUGUACACCUCAGUAAAUAUAAAUUUAUAGGAAAUAAUACAGACUUCAAUAUACACUUUUAAAGCCAGGUUCUGUUUGGAUUUUAGUGGACAAAUAAUUGUGUUUGGGCUAACGUAAAAACACACUCACUGUACUACUUACUACUACUACCUACCCAAACAUGUUAAUUAAUUACAAGGGACGUAGUCUACUUCAGUAGUUAAAUAAGAGUAUAAAGUAUAAUCCAAAUUUACCAAAACCUGUAAUAAUUAAAGAUUCAUUUAACAGACUGUCAAAAAUUUUGUUUCAUGCGUUGCUGUUAUCAUAUAUUAUGUCAUAUAAGGCCUAAUGUUCAUGGUUGAUGAAUCUAGCCAAUCUAGUGGUUUUAAAAUCAAUAUCAGAUAAUCAUAACAAUUAUUUAUAAAAUAUAGAUGUUUAAAUAUUUUCUUCUGUUAUCUUUUUUUUUUUAAAUAAAGGCUGAAGAGGAGUUCAACUUAGAGAAAGGUCGUUUGGUCCAAAGUGCCAGGGCUAAAGUUAUGGACUAUUAUGACAAAAAGAUAAAGCAAGUUGAGCUUCAAAAGAAAAUGUAAGUUCAAGGAGUAAAAAUAUUUAGCUUUAUGUUGGUGGUCCUUUUCAAAGUUAUCUUGGUGAAAAGCUAUUACUGGUGUCUACUAAACAAAAUGCACUAGUGUAGUAACAUACUUUUGUGUUUUUCAGCCAGCAGUCCAAUCUUUUAAACACAUCACGUCUUCAAAUCCUCAAAAGAAAGGAAGAGUUACUUAAUGUAAGUGCACUAAAAAAGUUGCUAGAGACAGUAUUUAAUGUAAGUUUAUUGCUAUGGCUAUGACUCAAUAUAAUGAUGAAAGAUUAUUUGCUUGUUGUGCUUAGGACUGAAAUGUACAAUGAAUAAUUUGUGUCUUUUUCAAUCAUAAAGGACCUGCUUGAUGAGGCCAGAAGAUCAGCCCAUAAGACUGUUAAUGAAGAUCCAGCUAGGUACAGAGAAACAAUGAUAACACUCACUCUUCAGGUAUAUUGGUGUCAUUGUUAGCAUUGCUAUAAUCAUUCACUUAGUACACUGUCCUGAUAUAAAGGAAACCUUUUCAUAAAGAUGAAAUCUAAUGGUAAAUAUUUUUUUUUUUUUUUAAAUUACAAAACUUGUUUUAUUUCUUAAUUAAUGUUAAAUGUUAUUUAAACUAUAGUUUCUGUUUGAAAUGACCACCAGUAGCUUCAACUCAGGCGUCGAGACACACUCUCCAUUGACCAAACAUUAUUGAAAGGGUUCCCCCAUUUUUUCCCAGAUCCAGUGUAUUUAGCAUUACCAUGUCAAUUUAUCAUUCACAAAGCAUUGCUAUGUAAAUUUUCCAUUCAAAAAGUAAAGAUCAUUGGAUUACAUUAUGAAAUAUGAGUCAUUUUAUUUGUUGCCAAGUGAAACCAUCAUUGACCUAUCAAAUUAUGUAUCCCAUAAUGCAGGGCCUUGCCCAGCUUUUGGAGCCAAAGAUCACUGUACAAGUUAGGCAACAAGAUGCUGAGUUGAUGAAAGUAAGUGCCUUUGAUUAUUGAAUAAGAAAGGAAGUUGUGUUAAAUAUAAUAAAAUUUUCUUAACUAUUUAACCCAUUAACUGUGGUUGGCCGAUGUUCUCUUCCUAUUCUGUGUCGGCAGAUUAAAUUGGCAGUUUAAAAUUGUGUUGAAAGAACAACUUCCAGUCCGAUAUUUUACACUAAAUAAAACGACUUAAUAAAUUAACUUCCGUUUUUCGCUUUUCUGUGUCCGUUUUUUAAACAUACGAGUUAUUUUUACAACAAUCUUUAUCUAACAAAUUUGUGUAAGUAGAUUUUCGCAAAAUGGAUGAGGCCAUAGCUGGACCAUCUGGCUUACAAAAGAAUCAGUAAUCUUUUGGAUAACUUUUUAGUUAAUGGCUUAAGUGAUUCGGGAGAUGAUUUUCCGAUCACACGCGAAGUCAAUAAUUCCGAUUAUUUUUCUAGUGGGUCAGAAAGUGAAAGUUUGGACGAUUUAGACCUAGGCAUAGAAGGAGUAGGCGUUGCCGCCGCAACAACAGCACUCAACUUGAACAUGUCACUAACCAAGACCUUAAGAAGAGAAAACGUAUUAACCAAAAAAAUAAUUGGAUGUUGCUCUGUAUAUGUUUCCUUAUAUUUCAUUUUAUGAAUUAAAUAUUAAUUAUCUGCUUUUUAAAUUUUGUCUGUUUCUUGCUAUUUAGUAAUUUUUAUAAUUUCAUGCUUAUUACUUGAACAUAAUUAUAGGUGUCAGAGGAAACUUUAAAAAAAAGAAACUUUAAAAAAAAAAUUAACUAAAACAAAUACAAAUAAUUCAUUUUCUGAAAGAUGAAUAAAAUUUCUAUCAUAUUAUAUCAGCAUUUUAAUAAUAUGCCUUAAAAAAAUUGUAGUUUGAGGUACUUGAAAAGAAAAUUUUUCAUUAUUUUCUUUAUUCUUGGCCACUCCAAUGUCAUGGUUAGAGUAUAAAAUAGAAUUAACAAAAUAGCCAAUAUGAUUUCCGACUCAGUCUAAUUUUAAAAAAUUUAUACUUAAUGGGGAAUAGUAUUUUUUUCACCUUUUUCAAAGACAAAUAAAAGCUCUAAAUUGCCUGCACAGUAUAGAAUAACAAGCACAGUUGGUGGGUUAAGAUAUAACUCUUUUAAAAGUCAUAACUCAUGUUAUCCAGUUUAUAUCUUUUGAAUUUGAUUUUUCUAGCAAAUAGUCCCAGAAGUCCAACAAAAGUAUAAGAAAGUAACCCAUGACAAAUAUGAAGUGAAGCUGACAGUAGAUGAUCUGAACUUCUUGCCAUCUGAACUGUAAGUUGUGGACUGGAAAUUUAUGCAGACUUUUAAAGUUGUUUAUAUUAUUCUCAUCACCUCCAAAGAGAUUUCAUUUAAAUGUUAGUGUUAGCUUUUUUUUUUUUUUUUAAUAGUACUUUUAAAAAAAAUCUUUAUAAAUAUAACCUAGUCAAUUUACAAUUUUCUUCUAGGAUAGCUAUAGUUGCAACACAUUCACUUUAAUUGUUGCUUGUCUAAGUUGAAUAGUUAGCACUGUUCCCUCCAUCUCUAACUUUCGUAAUGUUGACAAAGUUACUUUAUUAUUUGUUAAAUGUCAAAACCCGGUCAUAAUUUAUUGUUCACAUCACUAACUGAGUACAUUGCUUGAACAUAUAUUUUGUGACAAGCUGUUAAGAAUAACUCACUUCAACAAAAAAAAACUUGUCUGUUAACAAGAAACUGGGAGAACCACAAAUGGUAUUUUCAUUGGCACAUACAAUUAUUAAAAAAUUAUUUUAUUUUUUGCUGUUGUUAUAAAAUAAAAUAAUAUAUAUAUUUUAUUUGAAAUAGCAUUGGUGGAGUUGUUUUGUCUGCCCAUGGAGACAAGAUCAGAAUCAACAACACAUUAAAUGAAAGAUUAAAACUGAUUUCAAGACAGGUGAGUACUUAAGUUAGGUCUUGCCAUUUAGAUUUUGACUGCCUCAAUAUUGUAAGCUUACUUAUUGCGGCCUUGGGUUAACUGUUUGUUUAAAAAAUGCAAUAGUGCAAUAUUCUGUGCAGCUCAUAGUUUCAUCUGGUUUGCAUUAUUCUUCUAUUCCUAGAUGCAACCAGAGGUACGUGAAACACUCUUUGGACCAAAUCCCAACCGCAAAUUCAAGGAUUAACUCAACCGCUUGAUUAGACCAAACCAUUUGUAGUAUCAACCCACGAUUAGACUUUUGAUGUAAUAUCAGUGAACAUCUAGAAUAUUGAUGACAUUUCUCAUUUAAACCAGAGUGUACAUUUUAUUUUGUGCUGCCAUGAAGGGACACACCUUUGUUUUUACUUAAAUACACAAAUAUAUAUAUGUUUUAAGACAUUCUGUAACAAUUAAAUAAAAGAUUGAAUCUGUACUGGCUCAUUUGAACAUUCCAUUACACAUGGAGACUGUAAGGUAGCUCUUAGACAUUUGUUUUCCUGACAUGAUGAUACAUCAAACUCCUGCUGUAUAGUUAGUUUUUCCACAUCUCAACACUUAUUUGCAGGAUGAAUAGAAUUGUAGUUAUUUAUUGACUUGACUGAGUUUAGUCAGAUAUAUUUGAGGAUGUGCCUGGAGACUUUAGACAGUCAUUUUCUUUGCCUGAAAUGAUUUAAUCACUGCUAAAUUUGUCCAUUAUGCCAUUUUUAUUUUCUUUAUGAAUUGAUGCUGCUUAAAUGAAUAAUUGGUUUUAUUUGUGUUCUUUGACUGUACCCAUGUUGUAAGUGUUGAGUAAUCAGACACUGUUGUAUGUGUAGACUUGUAAUCACAUAUUACCCUAACUACGCUAGACUUCCAUAUCAAAGCACUAAACUUGUAUCCUCCCCUGUAAACCUGUGGUGUACCUGGUGGAGUUGUCUCCACUCAAACCCCACCUCAUCAUUCAUGGCUGUGAUUCUUUGAAAAGGACAAACAUAUAAUCAUUGUAUACUUCAGUGUUGUCUACCUGUAGGCAUUAUCGAACCCUGCAGCCAAUAUUCAUGAUAAGGUGCUGUUUAAAAUAUAUUUUUGUCAAAAGUUGUUUUUUCUUAAAUUCCCCCCAUGCCUAUUUCGAAUAUGGAAGUGCAUAAAGAAAUUUUACAUUUUAUUUUGUUUCAUUGAUAUUGUUUUUGCUAAAAACCAGUUUCUUCAAACAUAUGAUGAAAGGCACACAUGUAUGACUUUUGGCACCCAGGUCAAGAUAUAUAAAAUCCUAGUAAAAAAUAAUUGGUUCUUUCUUUGCAAUAAUGUAUCACCACUUUAGGUAAUUGUAAUAAAGCAUUAUCUUUUGAAAACAUUGAAAUUUACAGUCAACUGAGUGUGUUGCCCCUCUUGGCAGAUUUCAAAAUAUCUGGUAGCUUCCUGCAGCUGUAGCUGGUCGAAUGCAACUACUUAAAGAAACACAUUAGAUAUGUGAGCUUUUUUACUAACCAUGACAGUGUGUGGAUUAAGGGCAGAUUUUGUUGUUCUAUACUACAUGGGAAUGUUAUUUGUAUGAUGUUUAUGGUUUACUAUUUACUUAUCUCAUAUUUUCAUUAUUCCCAAUCAAUUUUCUUAUUUAAGCUCUCAUAGUUUGUGAAUGCUAUUUGUUUCUAAUCUAACUGGUUGUUAGUGCUGGUGUUCAGUGAUCUGUAUGAACUAGGUAUGUUUUAAAGAGUUGAUUCAUGUCUGAUGAAUUGGUUUAUACAAUUGUUUUAGUCAAACAUUUUUUUUUCUUUAACUUCAUUAAAUUAAGACUGCAUGAACUUUGAAUGGUGACUGUAAUCUGUGUAGCCCAUGUUGUCACUAGUAUCAAAGGGAUGCUGAAGUCUAUGUACACAAGAGAUGUAUAGAUAUAGAUUUUUAUGUUCCUCUAAUGUCAUUAACUGAAAAUAAAAAAAAAAAAUCAAUACUGUAUCC